CAGAGGGGACCGGCCGGGUGCCUCCGCAGCUCGGCUGGCAGGGCCCGGCGGGGCGUGUGCGGCUGCUGGUGCGCGCCCCCCAGCCCCACGCCUCCCCAUGCAGCCCUGGCAGUGCCUCCGGCGCUUUGCCCUGGCCUGGUGGGAGAGGACUGCGGAGGGCAGAGCCCGCUCUCCCAGGGAGGAGGCCGGACCGAGGGACCCUGGGGGUCGAGGGGAGCCAGGGCUCCAGCGUGCGGCGGGAGGGAAGCCUCCAGGACUCUGUUCCCUCUGUUUAAAGUCUCCAGAUCCGGAGCGGAGCAGCCCCCCCAUGCUGUCUGCAGACGAUGCCGAGUACCCGCGGGAGUACCGGACCCUGGGGGGCGGGGGGGGCGGGGGCAGCGGGGGCCGGCGCUUCUCCAACGUGGGGUUGGUGCACACGUCCGAGCGGAGGCACACGGUGAUCGCGGCCCAGAGUCUGGAGGCGCUCAGCGGGCUCCAGAAGGCGGACGCCGACCGCAAGCGCGAUGCCUUCAUGGACCAUCUGAAGAGCAAGUACCCGCAGCACGCCCUGGCCCUACGAGGCCAGCAGGACAGGAUGCGAGAGCAGCCAAACUACUGGAGUUUCAAGACCCGCAGCUCACGCCACACUCAGGGAGCCCAGCCUGGGCUGGCAGACCAGGCGGCAAAGUUGUCAUACGCCUCAGCCGAGUCGCUGGAGACCAUGUCGGAGGCCGAGCUGCCCCUGGGCUUCAGCAGGAUGAACCGCUUCCGACAGAGCCUGCCUCUCUCCCGCUCAGCCAGCCAGACCAAGCUGCGCUCCCCAGGGGUGCUAUUCCUGCAGUUCGGGGAGGAGACUCGGCGCGUGCACAUCACGCACGAGGUCAGCAGCCUGGACACGCUGCACGCACUCAUCGCGCACAUGUUCCCGCAGAAGCUCACCAUGGGCAUGCUUAAGUCGCCCAAUACUGCCAUCCUCAUCAAAGACGAGGCUCGCAACGUCUUCUACGAGCUGGAGGACGUCCGGGACAUCCAGGACCGCAGUAUUAUCAAGAUCUACAGGAAGGAGCCCCUCUAUGCUGCUUUCCCUGGUUCACACCUCACCAACGGGGACCUCCGGAGAGAGAUGGUGUACGCGUCGCGGGAGUCGUCGCCCACGCGGCGCCUCAACAACCUGUCGCCAGCGCCGCACCUGGCAUCCGGCUCGCCGCCGCCCGGGCUGCCGUCGGGGCUGCCGUCCGGGCUGCAGUCGGGCUCGCCGUCGCGCUCGCGCCUCUCGUACGCCGGGGGGCGCCCGCCCUCGUACGCCGGCAGCCCGGUGCACCACGCGGCGGAGCGGCUGGGAGGUGCCCCCGCCGCCCAGGGCGUCAGCCCCAGCCCCAGCGCCAUCCUGGAACGGCGCGACGUGAAGCCGGACGAGGACCUGGCGGGCAAGGCGGGCAGUAUGGUGCUGGUGAAGGGCGAGGGCCUCUACGCCGACCCCUACGGGCUGCUGCACGAGGGCCGUCUGAGCCUGGCCGCGGCAGCUGGCGACCCGUUCGCCUACCCGGGCGCCGGCGGCCUGUACAAGCGCGGCUCGGUGCGCUCGCUCAGCACCUACUCGGCCGCCGCGCUGCAGUCGGACCUGGAGGACUCCCUGUACAAGGCGGCGGGCGGCGGCGGCCCGCUCUACGGCGACGGCUACGGCUUCCGCCUGCCGCCCUCGUCGCCGCAAAAGCUGGCAGACGUGGCGGCGCCCCCCGGAGGACCCCCGCCACCGCACAGCCCCUACUCGGGGCCGCCCAGCCGCGGCUCGCCGGUGCGCCAGUCCUUCCGCAAAGACUCGGGCUCGUCCGUCUUCGCGGAAAGUCCUGGAGGGAAGACCCGCAGCACCGGGAGCGCCUCGACAGCCGGCGCUCCCCCUUCAGAGCUCUUCCCUGGGCCUGGGGAGCGCCCGCUGGUUGCGUUUGGGCCGCCAGUGCCAGCCAAGGACACGGAGACCAGGGAGCGCAUGGAGGCCAUGGAGAAGCAGAUUGCCAGCCUCACAGGCCUGGUGCAGAGCGCCUUACUCCGAGGCUCUGAGCCUGAGACCCCCAGUGAGAAGAUUGAAGGCUCCAAUGGAGCAGCCACCCCCCCAGCACCUUGCGGGUCAGGCGGCCGGAGCAGCGGGGCCACCCCGGUGUCCGGCCCGCCCCCGCCCUCGGCCGGCAGCACCCCCGCAGGGCAGCCUACCGCUGUUAGCCGGCUGCAGAUGCAGCUGCACCUGAGAGGCCUGCAGAACAGCGCCAGUGACCUGCGCGGCCAGCUCCAGCAGUUGCGCAAGCUCCAGCUACAGAACCAGGAGUCGGUGCGCGCGCUGCUGAAGCGCACGGAGACAGAGCUGAGCAUGCGCGUGUCGGAGGCUGCGCGGCGGCAGGAGGACCCGCUGCAGCGCCAGCGCACCCUGGUGGAGGAGGAGAGGCUGCGCUAUCUCAACGACGAGGAGCUCAUUACCCAGCAGCUAAAUGACCUGGAGAAAUCGGUGGAGAAGAUCCAGAGAGACGUGUCCCACAACCACCGGCUGGUGCCCGGCCCCGAGCUGGAGGAGAAGGCGCUGGUGCUGAAGCAGCUCGGGGAGACUCUGACGGAGCUCAAGGCUCAUUUCCCAGGCCUGCAGAGCAAGAUGAGGGUGGUGCUGCGUGUGGAGGUGGAGGCGGUGAAGUUCCUGAAGGAGGAGCCUCAGCGCCUGGACGGGCUCCUCAAGCGCUGCCGUGGGGUCACGGACACACUGGCCCAGAUCCGAAGGCAAGUGGAUGAAGGUGUGUGGCCACCCCCGAACAACCUCCUGAGUCAGUCCCCCAAGAAGGUGACGGCAGAGACUGACUUCAACAAGAGUGUGGACUUCGAAAUGCCACCCCCCAGCCCCCCGCUGAACCUUCACGAGCUGAGCGGGCCAGCUGAAGGAGCCUCUCUUACCCCAAAAGGGAGCAACCCCACCAAAGGCCUGGACACUCCUGGCAAGAGAAGCAUGGACAAGGCUGUGUCUGUUGAGGCUGCAGAGCGAGACUGGGAGGAGAAGCGAGCAGCCCUGACCCAGUACAGUGCCAAGGACAUCAACCGGCUGCUGGAAGAGACACAGGCGGAGCUGCUCAAGGCCAUCCCUGACCUGGACUGUGCCAGCAAGGCCCAUCCAGGCCCAGCCCCCACUCCAGACCACAAGCCCCCCAAGGCCCCCCACAGCCAGAAGGCAGCCCCCCGAACAGAGCCCAGCGGGAGGAGAGGCUCAGAUGAGUUGACAGUGCCCCGAUACCGCACAGAGAAGCCCUCCAAGUCGCCCCCGCCGCCCCCUCCCCGCCGGAGCUUCCCCUCCUCUCAUGGCCUGACCACCACACGCACUGGAGAGGUGGUGGUCACCAGCAAGAAGGACUCGGCCUUCAUCAAGAAGGCCGAGUCCGAGGAGCUGGAGGUGCAGAAGCCCCAAGUGAAGCUGCGCCGGGCAGUGUCCGAGGUGGCCCGCCCGGCCUCCACACCACCCAUCAUGGCCUCGGCCAUCAAGGACGAGGAUGAUGAGGAUCGCAUCAUCGCAGAGCUGGAGAGUGGUGGAGGCAGUGUACCGCCCAUGAAGGUGGUGACUCCGGGGGCCUCUCGGCUGAAGGCAGCCCAGGGCCAGGCGGGCAGCCCCGACAAAAGCAAGCAUGGCAAGCAGAGGGCCGAGUACAUGCGGAUCCAGGCCCAGCAGCAGGCCACUAAACCAUCUAAAGAGAUGAGCGGGUCGAAUGAGACCUCGAGCCCAGUCUCAGAAAAGCCCUCGGCUUCCAGAACCUCUAUCCCUGUAUUGACUUCCUUUGGGGCAAGGAAUUCUUCCAUCUCCUUCUAGAAGCCCCUCACCCACCACCCCGCCUGUCCCCCUCCCUUCCUCCUGCCAUUUCUCCCCUCUCUUCCCUUCAUCUCAGCCCCACCCCACUCUCCAGACCCCCAGGGGUGUGCCCUGCAGAGGAGGGGCAGCCCUCCCCAGCUCCCUCUACCAUCCUCUGUUGGUGUUUUUGGUUUUUUUUUUAACGGUUCACUUUUAAUUAUCUUUUUUUAAACAGUAAAACUAAAAACCAAACACACCACCUUCCUUGAUGGUUCCCAGCUGGCCUCUCAUUGGCUGCACCUGUCACGUCUCUCCCUCUUCUUUCACCACUGUCCCCGCUCCGAGUCCAUCCUGAAGCUCCUGCACCCCUUCCUGCCUUCCCCUCACUUCCCAAGAAUACUCCAAACAAACUCUGAGCCACGGAGACUGGGAGCAGUGGGAGACCCUCUCCCCUUUCUUGGUACCUACCUGGAGGAACUCGGGGACAUCGGACCAACCCCUACAUCAGGCCGGAGAGCGGGGCGCAGGGAGACUGGCCUUGGAGACGCCCCACUCUGUCCCAGCUCGGACAAGACUGUGACCUCUGUGGCUGCUCUGUGCCCUCCUACUCACACCCUGAUGGUCCUGAAGUUGAGACGGACGGGCUGGAGGAGGGGCUGGAGCUUGAGAGGCCUCAGGGUGGGUGUGAGGUCAGUCAUGGAGUCUGUGUCCCUGCGGAGGUGCUGGCCUCCUGGGUCUCGCCGCCCUGUGGGGAGUGGAGGACAGAGGCCCUUUGGACUGCUGGCUGUGAAGGGUGGGUCACAAGGACAGCUGGACAUCAGGGACACUGCCUUGGGAGAGGGUGCCCCGGACGGGUAUUUGGUACUUUUAGUUUCCUGAUUUAGCACUUUAAAUGGCAUUAACUUAUUUAAGGGGGGUGGGGCGGGCAAGAACGAGGGACCUAGAAAACCAGGUUUUGUGGCCCGCAGGUUGGGGAAGGGUCUGGUUUGGGGGAGAAUGGGAGAGUCAGAGGGACUUGACAGGGAGCAGUGAAGACAACUGGGACCCGAAGGUGGGGUGACUUGACCUUCGGGCGUCUUCUUUGUGAUUUGAGGGUUUUCUGGGAAAGGGUGGGAUGUAGUUUUUCAGUGGGGCUCUGGUGACCCUGGUGAGAUGUCUGAAGGUCCCUGAGGCCUGACCGUCCAGCCAGCGCCCCCGGCCUGUGGACACCAGCCUGCCCUGCGGAGGCGGGUUGGCAGUCCCACCUGGCUUUUGGCCGGGUCUUGGGGAGCCAGAGAGAGGCCAAUUUGGUUCUCACUCCUGGCCCCCCAGAGGGCACAGUGAGGAGCCAGUAGGGAGAUGAUGGGAGAGGAGGAGGAGGAGGAGCAGGAGCGGGGUCCCUGGCAGAGGGAUUCCCACUUGGAGCACAAAGCGAAGCAAGCACAGGGGAGGGACUGGAAUCGGUCCCCCCAGCAAGCACAGAAGGGAGGCGCCAGGGAGGCAGAGCCCCAGCCUCUGGGGCCUGGCUGGGGAAGGUCCAAGUUUGGGGAGCUGGGAGCUGUUGCAGGUCUGUGGGGGAGGGGAAACGGGUUGUGUUUCUUCAUUUCUUUUUUUUUUUUUUUUCUUGUUUUUGCCUUUGUUGGUUCAUCCUUGUUUUCUAGCUUUGGAUCAUUUUUGUACCAAGGCAAGCAAGCCUUUUUGAAAAAUAACAAAAGAGGAAAAAAAAAUCCCUCCUGGAAAAAAAAAAAACCCCUGGAAAAUAGGAAAAAAGGACCUCAUAAAUGAUGCAAUUACUUUUAAUUGCAGGCAACUCUUUACAUUUAAGUGAAGUGUCUUAACAUUUUAUAUUGUUUUAAAAAUAUAUUUACAUAUUAUAUAUAUAAUAUACGUAAUAUAAAUAUAUAUAAAUAUUUAAAAAAGAAAAAAAAAAACCACGGCACUCUCUCCCUGGCCACUGUUUUGGCGGGGGAGGGGGUCUGGGGGGCGGGCACGUUGGCCUGGCUUCUGUGAUCCCGGUGAAAGGGUCUGGUUUGAUUUGGCUGUACAGAGACCCCCUGGCUUGGGAGGGGAGGGGGGAGUGGUGCCCCCUCCUCCCUCCACUCAUUACUCUGCUUGCUACUUCGCUUGCCCGAAGCUCCCACCCUCAGCCCUGUGACUGGAAUGUGUGCCCCACCGUCAUUGUCCUGAGUUGAAUGUCCCUUUGUGGGGGAGGUGGGGGGCAGUGUCCAUCCAAUGAAGGGGCAGAAGGAGGGAGCCGAGCGCCCCACCCCACCCACUCGGGGGAAGCCCAGUGGGUUUGCAUCUUUCUUUCCCUUUGGUUUCGGCACACUUACUGGCUGGGAGGCACCCGUGUGGAAUCACGUGCAGCCUGCGUGUGUGCAGAUGCAUGGGGCCUGCAUUAGCAGGCGUGGCCCAGCACUCGUGUGGGGGAGGUGUGUGCACAUCGGUGCAUGUAACCUGUUUGGGCAUUGGCACGUGCCUACCUGCAUGUUAGCGUGAGAGGAGCUUUGAGAACACGUGUGAUGUGUGCGCAGACAUGCCUAGCGCCGGGGACGUGCGUGGGCCACAUACAUGUAGACAGAGGCUCGUACAUAGAGGUGCAUGUGAUCUGUGUCUGCCAGCGUGUGUGUGCACGUAUGUGUGCUGGUGCGGACCCAGGCGUGUGGGUGUGCCUCUGUGCGUGUUCACAUGUGUUCCAUCAUCCCUGCACUGCUGGCUCCGGCUCCCUUCCCGAGCCCCCAUCCCCGCUGGCCCUCUCACAGCCCGCAGCACGUCAGUGCCCCCAGCUGCAUGCGCCUUGCUGCUCUGUCCAUCAGUGUGUGCUUGACCAAGAGAAAACGAAGACGUCUGUGGGGACCCCUGUACCUAAUCCUCUCAGCCCCCACCCACUGUGCUGUGUUACUCGCAUGGGGGGUUUCUCUCCUGCCCCUUCCACAAUAUGCUGUUUCCCCUGGAGCCUCAGGCCCGAGGCUCUGAGUGGGGUCCCCAGGGGGCCCCCGCUGGGGUGAGCCCCCGCUCCACACCCUGCCCCGUCCACCCUGUAGGGCCCGUGUUGGUGUAGCAGUGAUGGCUUCUGUGGAUGUUCUGUGACCUCUGUCAGUGUAACUUGACAAUUUCUAAAUGGAAAAGGGUUGCUGUGUUUUCUGUCUCUUUUUUAAUGUCCUUUUUUCUUCUCCUCACCUCUCUGCUCUCUUUUCAGUUUUUCUAGCCAAGUGUUUGGGGCUUUAAUAAAACUUGUUUCUUUUUCCUCUCCUGGAUCUCCUUCCUACA